CACUGAUUGGCAGCACUAAUAGGUGGCACUGACCGGCACUGAUGGGUGACACUGAAGGGCAGCUCAGAUGGGCACUGAUAUGUGGCAUUGAUGUGGCACUGGCACAUGGCACUGUUCAGCACUGACUGCUGGCACUGAUGUACACUGAUAGGUGGCACUUCUGGGGCCACACUGAUCAUCAGGGCACACUGAUCAUCACUGUCAGCGUGACAGCUCGAGAGGAGAGAAAUGCAGAUAACCGGCAUUUCCCUGGUGACAUGUGAUCAGCUG